UUCCAAAGUAACUCUGACGCUCCUUGGAAUGCAAUAUCCAUGUUGUUUGUGAGAUAUACAUAUCCAAGCUAAAAAUAUCAAUUCAUGGUCUUAUUUCUGUGUUGGCAGGUCAAUGCAGAUCCAUUUAAAUUCAUACAGUCUGAGUCUGCCACAACUGUCUUUAGACUCCCCUAGUUUUCACGACACAUAUUCAGCGCAAUGUAAUUCUGCUGCACUGAAGGGCAUCAGAGUGCAAAUGUCAUAAGUGUGAUUUUAUUGAAACCCACCCCUCAUACACACAUAAAUACACAGGGGGCAUUAAAAGGUCAGACUUAGUCAGACGGGCCCUGGCAUUGAUCGCUGAGUCUAAUAAAAGAAAUGGGCCCCAGCCGCCCUCUUAACUAACAGUCUGAAGCUUGACAACUAACAGCUCAACACCUAGUUUAUAAGAACAAGGUGAUAGACGUGCGGUUGAAGGCUCGGUUAUGUGCAAAAGAGUGAAAAGACAGCUAAAGUUACUGACACAUUUCUAUCAAGCACCUUUAUAGAUAUUUGAUAACACAUGGGACUCUGGUGAAGGCUGAUGAUGAUGUCAUGGAAAUGGAGGAUGCUGAUUGGAGAGACAGGGAUCCAGGGGAAUCUAUAAAAUAGUUAUUGAAGGGAUCGAAGCAAGAGGGGGAGAGAAGACUCAAUAUUGAACCUUCAUCUUCUCAGUGAAUCCUGCUGUUGAGAAAGAUGCAGAUUUGGAUGUGGCUGAUUCUGUCUGGUGUGUUCACGGUCACCUUGUCUUACUGCAGUGGCUUAAGUCUUCAACAGAAGAAUCGAACUAAACUCUUGGCCAGAGAGACUGAUGUUGCUGAUCAAGGUCAGUUUGAGAACGGAACAAAAGUGCAAGGAGUUCACGAGAAGAUCCCGGGCUUCAGAACACCCCUUGACCCCCUUUCCAGGAGUUUCAUGAAAACAAAGAAAGAUAAAAAGAGGCAAAGCAAAACUCCUCAAAAAUGGCCUGGACAAAAAGGUGCUGUAGAGCAGAUGAUGUCUGGAGAGAGCAGCACUUUUACAGUUAUCAGGCCAGGAGACACAGGCUCUAUUGACAAGGCUCAGCUUGGAGAAAGCAGUCCAGCGCAGCCACCAAGGACCAAACCCAACGGCCGCAUGGAUGUUUCGACAUCUGACAGAAAUCCCACUCACCAUGCCAGAAUGAGAGGUUCAAAUAAAAGAGGCCAUUCAGGAGGAUUUGGUCUCCCAAUUGAUCGCAUAGGUCUGGGACGUUUACCACGUGGAAGAGGCUAGAACAAUACAAUCUCUGUGUUUUAAAGAAGUGUCUUUGUUUUUUUCUGCAAACGUCUAUGUGAUGUGUAGGCUAUUUCUAAAUUGUCUGAAUAUGGAUCUGGUCAAAAUAACCUGAUAUUAUUAGUGUUCAUGAGGAACAGUAAAUGCUGAAAAUGAAAGAAAAAAAACAUUUACUUCAUGUGCAUCCUUG